UUACCAAUUCUCAGCAUGCAUUUGCUGCUUGUUGGGGCUGAUAUAAGAUGUGUCACACAACUACUAUAUCAUUCGGUACGAAAGAAAGCACACCAACGGACCCUUUCUGGAGCUUAUACUGUGCCUGUUCUUGGAACCGCAAUAGCCUCGCUGUUACUCGUCAUCGUAAUGGCGCAGGCUGUAGAACAAAUCCACACAAUUCACAGUGUCGACGAGUACAAUGCUCUGCUCUCCUCACAUACGUAUACCGUAGUCGACUUCCACGCCUCAUGGUGCGGGCCUUGUAAGGCGAUGGCCCCAAUCUUUUCCCAGCACGCAACCGCACAUGCCUCUCCCGGGAAGGUCGCCUUUGCGAAGGUUGAUAUUGAUGAGAUACCCGAGGUAGCCCAGCGGUAUCGCAUCACCAGUAUACCUACGUUUCUGUUUGUCAAGGACGGCGAAGAGUACGAGGAGAUCCGUGCUGCCAAUCCACCAAAACUCAAGGCGGAAAUAGAAGAUAUUGCGAAAGAGCUCGCCAGAGGCAGUGGGCAGACGGACGAGAAGCAGGAUAACGACGUGGCAAAAGCUAUCAUGGAUGAGGAUUGGUAAUCAAGGCACCGAAUGUGUGGUUUGUAACUUUAUUCAGAAGACGUCCAAGUUGGAUUUAGGAGACGCCUACUUGUCUGUCUUUCAAGUCCGAGAGACAUGAGUAUGCCACGAGUUUCAUUCUAGACAGAUUCAAUUAUGCAUGUGCUGCGAGCACAGAGGGUAUAAGAAGUGGUAUCAUCAU